AUGACCGAAUCAACCGUCGGAAAGACAAUCCACUGCAAGGCUGCAGUUGCUUGGGAAGCAGGCAAGCCAUUGACCAUCGAGGACAUCGAAGUCGGCCCACCAAAGGCCCACGAAGUUCGUAUCAAGAUCCUUCACACUGGUGUGUGCCACACUGAUGCCUACACCUUGAGUGGUGUUGACCCAGAGGGUGCUUUCCCAGUCAUUUUAGGACACGAAGGUGCUGGUAUCGUCGAGUCUGUGGGUGAAGGUGUCACCAACGUCAAGGUCGGUGACAGUGUCGUUGCAUUGUAUACCCCAGAAUGUCGUGAAUGUAAGUUCUGCAAGUCUGGUAAGACCAACUUGUGUCAAAAGAUCAGAGUCACUCAGGGCCAAGGUGUCAUGCCAGACGGCACCUCCAGAUUCAAGUGCAAGGGCAAGGACUUGCUUCACUUCAUGGGAUGCUCCACCUUCUCCCAAUACACAGUGGUCGCUGAUAUUUCUGUGGUUGCAGUCAACCCAGAAGCCAAGCCUGACAGAACUUGUUUGUUAGGAUGUGGUAUUACUACUGGUUACGGUGCUGCCACCAUCACUGCCAACGUCCAAAAGGGCGACACUGUUGCCGUCUUCGGUGCUGGAUGUGUCGGUUUGUCCGUUGUUCAAGGUGCGCUUGAAAGACAAGCCUCCAAGAUUAUUGUCGUUGAUAUCAACGACAAGAAGGCCGAAUGGGCCACCAAGUUUGGUGCCACCGACUUCGUCAACCCAACCAAGCUUCCUGAGGGCACCUCUAUCGUCAGCAAGCUUGUUGAGCUCACCGACGGUGGUUGUGACUUUACUUUCGACUGUACUGGUAACACCCAAGUCAUGAGAGACGCUUUGGAAGCUUGUCACAAGGGUUGGGGUCAAUCCAUCAUCAUUGGUGUUGCUGCUGCUGGUAAGGAAAUCGCCACCAGACCUUUCCAAUUGGUCACUGGUAGAGUCUGGAAGGGUGCUGCUUUCGGUGGUGUCAAGGGUAGAACUCAAUUGCCAGGCAUAGUCGAAGACUACAUGCAAGGAAAGUUGAAGGUCGACGAGUUCAUCACUCACAGACACGAGUUGUCCAAGAUCAACACUGCCUUCGAUGACAUGCACCACGGAGACUGUAUCAGAGCUGUGAUUGACCUUUAG